CAUAUAGAGGAGCAGGAAGAAGAAGCAGAGGACCCAGAGCUCGUGGCGUGUAUGAGAGGAAAAGUGCUGCAGGACAGGAUUCGCAAUGGCCGGAGUUGGGGAAGAGUUCAUGAAGUACCGCUCUCCUCUGGUCUCUCGGUACGCCAGCAAGGAAAUGGCUUUUAACUUCAGUGACAGAAAAAAGUUCACAACUUGGAGGAAGCUGUGGAUCUACCUGGCCAAGGCAGAGAAGGAUCUGGGGCUGUCCAUCACUGAUGCUCAGGUGAGUGAGAUGGAGGCUCACGUGGAGGACAUCGACUUUGCCAUGGCAGCUGAGGAGGAGCGCAAGCUUCGGCAUGAUGUCAUGGCCCACGUCCACACCUUCGCCCACUGCUGCCCCACUGCAGCUCCCAUCAUCCACCUGGGUGCUACCUCCUGUUACGUGGGAGACAACACAGACCUGAUUAUGCUCCGUGAUGGAUUCGACAUCCUGCUGCCCAAGCUGGCCCGUGUUAUUGAUAGAUUGGCUAACUUUGCAGAAAAAUAUGCUGACUUGCCAACUCUGGGCUUCACCCACUACCAGCCAGCUCAGUUGACUACAGUGGGCAAGCGAGCGUGUUUGUGGUUGCAGGAUCUGGUCAUGGACAUGCGCAACCUUCAGAGAGCUCGAGAUGAUCUGCGUUUCCGAGGGGUGAAAGGUACCACGGGGACCCAAGCCAGCUUCCUGCAGCUCUUCCAGGGGGAUCAUGAUAAGGUGGAGGCACUGGAUAGAAUGGUGACUGAGCUGGCUGGAUUUAAAAAGUCAUAUAUAGUGACGGGACAAACAUACAGCCGUAAAGUAGACAUUGACUCUCUGACUGUGCUGGCUAGCCUGGGAGCCACUGUACACAAGAUUUGUACUGAUAUCCGUCUGCUGGCUAACCUGAAAGAGAUUGAAGAACCAUUUGAGAAAGAGCAGAUAGGUUCAAGCGCUAUGCCAUACAAGAGGAACCCGAUGCGUGCAGAGCGCUGCUGUAGUCUGGCUCGUCACCUGGUGGCGCUGGUGUCUAAUCCUCUCCAGACUGCGUCAGUACAGUGGCUGGAAAGAACUCUGGAUGACAGCGCAAACAGGAGAAUCUCUCUGCCCGAGUCCUUCCUCACAGCUGACAUCAUCCUCAGCACUCUACAGAAUGUCACUGAGGGUCUGGUGGUCUAUCCUAAGGUGAUCGAGAGGCACAUCCGCCACGAGCUGCCCUUUAUGGCCACUGAGAACAUCAUCAUGGCCAUGGUGAAGGCAGGAGGGAACAGGCAGGAUUGCCAUGAGAAGAUCCGGGUUUUGUCUCAGAAGGCGGCAGCUGUGGUGAAGGAGGAAGGAGGAGAUAAUGACUUCCUGGCUCGAGUGCAGGCUGACCCCUACUUCGCUCCUAUACUUGACCAGCUAGAUGCCCUACUGGACCCUAAAACCUUCAUUGGCCGAGCCCCACAACAGGUUGCCAGAUUUCUCUCUGAAGAGGUUAAACCUGUCCUUCAGCCCUAUAAGAGCCAGAUGGACGUGAAGAUUGAACUGGAGCUCUGAGGCACACACAUACACAAUCCUUGUAAGCCUGCCACCAAGUCUGCAAAACAGUGUUUUGACUUCAGCCUUUUGUCAUUUGCUGAACAAAAUUUUUCUAAUGUGUCAUGUCAUUAUGAUGCUGCUUUACAACAUGUUACAGAAACAGUGACACUGUGCAAGAUAAUCAAGGCUCAGUCGUGUAACCCAAGUUUUUUCUUUUCAGUAUUAUUCAGUAUAUUUCAGUAUUUGUUGCCAUGAGAAGAAAAAAUAAAUCCAUUUCAAAACAACAA